CAACCGUCUUGCAUGGUACGAUAGGAAAGAAAAGAUCCUCGGACUUCGCAACAACACAAAAACGAGGCAGGGCAGAGCAGGGCAACACGGAACAGAAAACCUUCGAACUGUAGAGUUGCGAGUACGAGUAAAGUACUACACGAACCUCUUCAAUCAAUCCAUCUUGUCCGAUUCGACUGGGAACAAUCCAAGCAGAAUCACUCCAAACAAUAUCGCAGCACUCCCGUCAGCAAAGAAACGACACGGCACCGUCGCUCGAGAAGCAGUGGAGCAACCGCAACAACUGCCCGAUUGCAACAACAACAACAACAACAACAAGAACUGUCACAACAGCAGCAUCGGCAGCAAAUACAGUACACAAGAAGAAGUACAAGAAGAAGAAGGAGAACGGACGAACACGAAACAAAAGCCAUGGCAUCGAGUCACCCGCGGUUUUGGAUGAGCCUCUCCUCGCGGUUUGGUCGGGCCGGGAAACCCCGCUCCGAGACGCUCAUGCGCCGGUUCUCGGACAGCCCCCUCCCGGCAAGGGCACAACCCCGGGCCGCUUCGAUUCUUCGGCCAAAGGCCCCCGUCACGGCCUCGGAACGCCUGGCCCUCCGCGCCGCCCGAAAGGAGCGGGCGGCCGAGUUUCUCGCCAGGGAGGGAGCGGCCGGCGGCCCCUCGCCGUCGUCCUCCUCCCCGUCCUCCCGCCGCUCCAUGGCCAACAAGUACUUUUGGUACGCGAGCGUCCUGGUGCCGUCGGGAAUCCUGGUCUGGGGAUUCGGCGAUCCGGACAGCCCGCCCGCGAAGCUCAGCCGGUGGAUCGGCCUCACCGGAUUCCUCGAGGGAUACAUCGACGACAUUGCCAGGCCGGCCCACGAAAAACUCCUUCCGGACUGGUCCCAGGUAGGUGGAUGUUGUCGCGGACGUGGACGUGGACGUAGACGCGGACAUGGACACUGUCGCGUUCUUUGGUUGCCUCGGGUGCUGGAGGACUGUUUCGUUUCUCCCUUGUCGUUUUCUUUCUUUUGUGGUCGAUGAUUCGAUGGAUCGAGGAAGGGUCCUUUGUUCUAUCACAGCAGCGAAAUGCUUCUUUGAUUGUCGAUCCGUUGUAGAUUCAUUGCAUUUCAUUUCAUUUCAUUUUGCGCUGCGUUUUGCUCACACUUGCUCCGUGAAUUUGGAACACCUCGUUGCGCGAUGCGUUCUUCGACAAUGUGGAAAUUGCCACAAACCAAACCAAAACAAACCAAAUCGCGAACCCAACCACAGAUGCCGAACGUCCCGCACGACAUCCCCAUACCCCACACCCUGGUGCUGGACCUCGAAAACACCCUCGUGAGUUCCUCGUGGGACCGCAAGCGGGGGUGGAGGCACGCCAAGCGGCCGGGGGUGGACAAGUUCCUGCUCGACAUGGCCCAGUACUACGAAAUCGUCCUCUACUCUCCCUCCAUCGACGGGAUCGCCGACCCGGUCGUCAACGAGCUGGACAAGCAGGGAUGCAUCAUGCACCGCAUCUACCGCGACGGGACCUACUACCACAACGGCGUCCACGUCAAGGACCUCAGCAAGCUCAACCGGAACAUCAACCGCAUGAUCGUCAUCGACGACGACCUUGCCGAGGUGCAGUUCCACCCCGAAAACGUGGUCAGGGUCAAGCCCUACACGGACCCGAACGACCGGACCGACAACACCCUGGCGCGGAUCACCCCCUUUCUCAUCGAGAUCGCCAGGGAAAACCACAGCAACAUACCCGAGCUGCUGGGCCAGUACAGGGGCAUGGACGCCGACGAGAUCGCCGACGAGCAGGACCGGCGCGUCUUGUACUACCGGGAGGCGAGGGAGGCCGAGAUGAGCCACGGCCUGGGAGGCCUGGCCAGGAUGGCCCGCAGGGCAACGGCGGACAUGGAGCCCGAGCUGGAAGCCCAGGACCCGGCCUUUCGGCCGCAGCUCCCGGGCGGAAGCGGCCAGCUGUCGUCGAGGGACAUUGUCGGUGCGGGGCCGCCGCAGCAGGCAAGGGCCUCUUCCGGGCUGGUCGGCUUUUUGAACCGCCGGGAGGAGGAAAAGAUGGAGGCCCAGCAGCGCAAGUUCGAGCACUGGAACGAGGUCAUGCUCCGGAAACAAAAGGAGAAGGAAGCAAGGGCCAAGGCGAAUGCGUAGGCCAAGGCACCGACGGGCACCGAGUCUCACCGCAUCGAAUCGAAUGGAAUCGAAUGGAAUCGAAUCCUACUAUACUUUUACUUUGACCACUAUUGUUAUAAGGAACUGU